AUGAGAUCUGUCUCUGAACAGUCCCCAGGCUGUGAAAGCACACAGAUCUCCUUGGCUGUGCCUGGACCCAAGGACCCUCCGAAUACACCUGUGCCUCGACUUCUGCACUCGACAGGUGCACCCGACGCCGAUCAUCUAGGGCGCUUGCUUGUGGAGGCUCUUGAUAGGGUCCAGACUCUUGAUGAAGCUGUCGUUCAUUCAAUCAUGUCUGGUUCGGCCAAUGGUUCGGGUGAACGCAUGGAUCUUGGUGACAACACCUGGAUUACCGCGGUGAUAAGUGAUACUGGCUAA